AUGGUUGCGACCUCAGAGAGGUUGACAAAGACGAAAGUCUCCAGUAGCAAAAAGGUUUCCAAGCCACUGAUGGAGAAAAAGAGAAGAGCGCGUAUAAAUACCUGCCUGGAUCAAUUAAAGACAAUACUCGAAAGCUUCUACUCUAACAAUAUCCGCAAGCGAAAACUUGAAAAAGCUGAUAUUUUAGAGCUUACAGUAAAACACCUGAAACAUCUUCAAAAAACGGAGAAAGAAUUUGCCAUUACGUCUGGUAUGGCUGAGUACCAGGCAGGUGUCAGGAGAUGCCUUGCCAGUGUAAAUCAGUUUAUUGUCAUGGCUGACGCAAACACUGCGUGCCGAUUCAACGCACUGACACACCUGUCCAACAACCUUUUCUGCCUGGGCGCUCACGGUCCGGAUUCCAGCACCGUGGACAGCGACACCUCAAGGUCCCUUGCGGCGACUAACACACUAAUGGCACACUCGCCAGCGACGUCAGCCAACACUUUCGUCUCAUGCCCCGACGCUACCAUUACAGUGUCGCAAAGAAUUGACCGAAAUCACAACGGCAUGUCAAACCGGACUGAAACCUUCGAUAAAGACAAAACUCUAGGAUUAUCCGAACAACACAAGCACGUACAUGUUAAUCGAACCUGUGCUGUUUCUACGGCCUUGAAACAGAAUUACUGGCGGCCCUGGUGA